AUGGCGUGGUGUGAGCGAGGGAUCCAGAUGUUGCUGGCCACAGUUGGAGCUUUUGUGGCGUUUAGUCUGAUGAGCAUCGCGAUCGGGACCGAUUACUGGCUGUAUUCCCGCGCGUACAUCUGUAACGCGACCAACGCGAGCGCGGACGAGACGCAGACGCAGCCCAAGAAAGUCCGCGGGGAUCUCACGCACUCCGGGCUCUGGAGGAUCUGCUGUAUCGAGGGUCUCAACAAAGGAAGCUGCUACCGAAUCAAUCAUUUCCCAGAUGAUAAUGAUUAUGACACAGACAGCUCUGAGUAUCUCUUACGUAUUGUGCGGGCCUCCAGUGUGUUCCCCCUCCUCAGUACCAUCCUGCUGUUGUUGGGCGGGUUGUGUGUUGGAAUAGGACGCAUCUACAGCAAGAGAAACAACAUAUUGCUCAGCGCUGGGAUACUGUUUGUGGCAGCAGGUUUGAGCAACAUCAUUGGGAUAAUUGUCUACAUCUCCAGCAAUGCCGGUGACCCCAGCGACAAAAGAGACGAGGACAAGAAGAAUCAGUAUAACUAUGGUUGGUCGUUCUACUUUGGAGCACUCUCUUUCAUUGUGGCCGAGGCGGUGGCCGUUCUGGCAGUCAACAUCUACAUCGAGAAGAAUAAAGAAGUGAGGUUUAAAGCACGGCGUGAGUUCGUUAAGUCUACCUCGUCCUCUUCGCCAUAUUCCCGCAUUCCCAGCUUUCGCUUUCGUCGACGGCACUCGCGGUCCAGUUCGCGCUCCACAGAAGCAUCCCGUGAGGCGUCACCUGUGGGCAUGAAAAUGAUAAGCUCAGUACCUGUAGGAGAGAUCAACAUGUACACAUUGACGAGAGACCCCCUUAAAUCAGGCACGGAUAGUUCCUACAGUCCAGAUCAUGAUUCUGGAUUCCUCCAAGUGCACAACUGCUUUCCAAAAGACCUUAAUGAUGGUGCCAACAGGAGGACAACACCUGUAUGAGGGUACCAAUUGGAACUGAAGAGAUAAAGGCCAUAUUAAAUGGAUAGCCAUCUGGGGAUAAGUGGCAGAUCUCUCAUUGGUGAAAGAGAACCACUGUGUUAAGAAGGAAAGAUUUGAUCUCGCCUUUCAACAACUACUCUUGUGUGUCUCCACACAAUCUCUCAGAAACGCACAUCUCUAAUCAAAGGGCAAGACACGCAAAUGUAAAAUGGAUGGUCUUCGGGAUAUUGAGAACUUUAAGUAAGCCAAUCCCUUGGUUGAUAAAUAUUGUGUUGUCUGUCAGUACAGUGCCAUAUUCUCGGUGUAUACCAAUAUGAUAAUGACUCUCACACUUUGAGAUGGUGCUAAUGCAGGCUCACAGCUGAAGCCUUCUCAUCGUUGUGUGUUCAGUGCAGACCGGAGUUGAAUACUGAACACCCUUGUUUGUUUGUAUCAUAUGUCUGUAGCCACAGUUGUCUAUCCCUAUUCAGUGCGCCUAUCAUCUUGGCAGUGCCAACUGCUCAAACUUGAUCUGGAGCCACUUUGCAACACAGUGCAAGACUCUAUUCCUAUGUUUUUGUUGUUGUACAACUAGAAGUAUCACUAAAUAAUCACGGGUACAGUCUAGUUUAGGAUGUUACGACUACUAAUUGUAUAUA